AUGGGUGAAUUAUUAUAUGUAAUCACAUGCUCACAACCAUAUAUUUUAACCUUAUUCGUGAACAAAAAGGACUUCAAUUCCUAUGGUAGUCGUCGAGGCAAUGAUGAAGUGAUGGCAAGGGGCACCUUUGCCAAUAUCCGCAUUGUCAACAAGCUCCUGAAGGAAGAAGUUGGUCCGAAGACUAUUCAUGUUCCCACAGGAGAAAAGCUUUAUGUAUAUGAUGCAACAAUGCAUUACAAGUCUGCUGGGCAAGACACGAUAGUUUUAGCUGGAGUAGAGUAUAGAAGUGGCAGCUCAAGAGAUUGGGCUGCCAAGGGCCCAAUGUUACAAGGCGUGAAAGCAGUUAUCGCCAAGAGCUUUGAGAGAAUCCAUCGAAGUAAUCUAGUUGGUAUUAGAAUCAUUCCUCUUUGUUUCAAGCCUGGUGAGGACGCUGAUUCUCUAGGAUUAACUGGCCAUGAAUGUUAUUCAAUUGACCUUCCAAAUAAAAUUAGUGAGAUAAGGCUCGACCAAGAUGUCACAGUCACAACUGACACUGGCAAAUCGUUCACGUGUACUGUCCGCUUCGAUACUAAGGUGGAAUUGGCAUACUUUGAUCACGGUGGCAUUCUUCCAUUUGUCAUCCCUAACCUAAACAAAGAGUAGACAAUUUGGGUUCAAGUAAGUAGUCUCUUCACUUUGCUAUCUGCUUUGAUUGGUUUUGACAGUGGUAUCGAUUCGAUCGACAGUCAAUAACUAGUACUGGUAUCUCAAUGUUCUCCAUACGACCUAUUUUUCGUAAUAUUUCGUUGUAAUAUCUGGCGUGAUUCAUUUUGAAACCGAACCAAUUU